UAGAGUUUGGCCAUUCGUACAGGCUCAGCCGGGCAUCGACGCUCCAGCAAGCCACCGCCGUCCUAACCGCUACACAUCUAUCGCCAGCUAUCUGCCAAGAUGUUCGUGUACAGCUGGGUUUUCCUGUCGUCGGCGCUCCUGCUUCUUCAACCAAGCGACGCCAUAUAUGCGAAAACGUGCCGGCACGACCGACAGUGCAUCUCCCGAGUCGGCCCGGGUUCGUGCUGUGCGCCUCGCAGGCCCAUCUUCAGCCCGCUGCCCGUCUGCAAAACUGCCGGACAGGUCGGCGACAUGUGUCAGAGGUCAGGGGAGGGACUCUCGUACCCAACGUCCGUGUGGCACCGCCAGUACAUCUUCACCUGCCCAUGCGCAGUAGGCCUGAGGUGCCAGCUGUCUCCCGGGUACAACGACAUCGGAACCUGCGUGUACAUGUAGCCUAUACCAGGCUCCUCAGGCUACAUGUAGCCUCUACCAGGCUGCUCCAUAGGCUGCUGAAAAAAAAGUAGUCUCUAAGUGCACUCUUCUGUUCGACUAACUCCUCUGAAUAAUCAGACGGAUACAGUUAAUAUAUGUAUCAAGUAUAAAUAAAGGCACAAACAAACAAAUAAAGAUGUAGU